CUCAUCUUCCUAUCUCGUGGCUCGACAACCAAAAAAAAAACAAAUCUCUAAAAUCCAAAAGCUUUAGUGUGAAUUGGAGAUUCGUGAGAUUGUCGGAUUGCUUUCUAGUCUGGUCUUUUUCUUUCUUGUUGCCACCAGCUCUGUGAUCAGUCCCUCUUGCUUUUUCAAUACAUCCGAGUUUGAUUGAAUCCUCUAGUUUGUAUAAGUAUGUCGCAGUCGUGCUUCGGGAACGAAUCCAACAACGUAAUGGAGGAAGGAAAUGUUGCCCCUUCCUUCGGUGAUACAAAUAUUCAAGCUGUACAACCUUCGCCGGAAUCGGGAUCUUUGUCCAUGGGAAAUGAUACUUUCCAAUCUGUGCGUCGUAAAUCCAGGACAAAACCUCUUACCGUUGAUGUUUAUACAGUCCAAUGUAACUGUUGUUACAAAUGGAGGCUUAUACCCUCGUUGCAGAAGUACGAGGAGAUAAGAGAACAAAUUAUAGAGAACCCGUUUAUGUGCAAAUCAGCAUGCGAGUGGGAGCCGGGAAUGUCAUGUGAUGUUCCGGAAACCAUUUCUCGAGAUGGAACACGUAUAUGGGCUCUUGAUAAGCCUAAGAUCCCCCGCCCACCACCCAAGUGGACACGUUUAGUACAGAUUAGAGAAGAAGGAUGUAGCCAAUUUUCGGAUGUAUAUUAUAUCACUCCAUAUGGACAGACACUUCGAUCAUCUGUGGAGGUUCAAAAGUACUUGGAAAACCACCCUAAGUUUGUACUAGAGGGCGUGACUCCUUCCCAGUUCUCAUUCCAAAUGCCGACACCGCUUGAAGAGAACUACGUAAGGAAGCGCCCAGCUCAAUCCUCAAAAAGGAAGAGACAAGACUGAACUAUCUAUCUAUAGUUUAUGAUCUUCUAUGCUAUAUAAGCCUUCUUAUUUCUCCGUUGGAAAUAGAGGAUUGUAUUCGCUUUGGGGGUCAGAAAUAUAAAGAAACUGAGGACAUGUGCUUAGCUAUAUCAUUUUGCAGUGUAAGUUCUUGAUAGGCACUUCUAUCAAGAGGAUAUGUCGUUUUGGUUCUGAUAUCGUUUUACUACAGGAUUUUCAUGAAAGUUGGAUUGAUGUUAAUCUAUACUAUAAAAGAUGGUCAACUCUCUCCAGUUGAGUGCACUUCAUCAUUUUGGUUUAUUAAAAUUUA